GACAGCCGCGCGGAGCGCGAACCGCGAGCCGCCGGGACUUACAUCCAGCACGUUUAGAUAGACCCACAACUGAAGGUUAUUUUUUCUUUCCGUGAUAUGUCGGUUUUUGUAUCGUAAAAGGGCUUUAUAAGCAGAUAAACCAUCUAAUUUAAGAUAACUGGAAAAUCUGCAGCUUGUAGACAUUUGAAAUACUCUAGUAGAAUCAUCAUUUCUAAAUGAAUUUCUACACCUCUAAGAAGUCUUUUUUGAGUUAUUGUGGUAGUCUUAAAUCCAAUACUAGCUUUAAUGCUUUCUGUAAAGUCUAGAAGAUGUGAUUUUUAUGAUCUCCUUAAAUUUUAUGCACGUUAAAUAGAAUCCGACAGAUUUAUAAAAUACUUUAUUUUUCACUCUAGUUAUUGGUGCUUUUUGAGCAUUGUCUUGUAUCAGGGACAGUCUACGCGUCGUCAUGCAUUAUCUCUUAGCGGGGUUGCUUUGCUUUUGCGCACUUGGCAAUAGGAGACUUGUGCUCUCCCAAGACAUCGCAGGGUCCCGUUUUGUUUGCACGGCUAUCCCGGUCGGUGCGGAUCCAAACUGCGCGGUGCCUCCCAGUACCAUGCAGGGCACGAGUACCCAAGACGAACAGCUUAGGGACACAGUAAUGCAGCUCCGGGAGACGAUCCUGCAGCAAAAAGAGACCAUCGUCAACCAGCAAGGCUCCAUCAAGGAACUGACUUCCAAACUUUCCCGUUGCGAGUCCGAAGCAUCGCCUCAGGACGGGAGAUCGAGAAGUCAGGGCUCCUGGAGGAAGGACUACAACAAGAACACCAUGGGUGACCUUCCCCGGGACCCUGGCGAGACCAUCGACCAUCUGGGGAAGACGAUGCAAAGUCUGAAAGCAAGGCUGGAGAACUUAGAGCAGCAGCAGCAGGUGCGCAUGAACACGUCCGGCGUGUCUGUCCCUAAUGACCUCCGGGAGCUGCUGAAACAGAGGCUGGGCGACCUGGAGAAGCAGCUUCUCACCAAAGUGGCCACACUGGAGCAGGACAAGACGCAGCUAUACAAUGAGACAGCUGCCCACCGCCACCGUACAGAGGCUGCUCUUAAUUCCCUGCUGGAGCGCAUUACUGAGCUGGAGAGGGCACUGACUCAGGUUGCCCCGAGCGACAGCAGACACCAUCACGCCUGGGGUAACUUCGGACUGAAAUCCUCGGAAGAUUUCAAGAUCUCUCUCCCCCUGCGUACGAACUACCUGUACGGGCGCCUCAAGAGCAGCUUGCCGGAGAUGUAUGCGUUCACCGUCUGCAUGUGGCUGAAGUCGAGCUCCGGGCCUGGAAUCGGGACCCCCUUCUCCUACGGGGUCCCGGGGCAGGCCAACGAGAUAGUGCUCAUCGAGUGGGGAAACAACCCCAUAGAGCUGCUGGUGAACGACAAGGUGGCCCAGCUGCCCCUGUCCGUGAGCGACGGCCGCUGGCACCACGUGUGCGUCACCUGGACGACGAGAGACGGGCUGUGGGAGGCGUACCAGGAUGGCGAGAAGCUUGGCUCGGGAGAGAACCUGGCCCCCUGGCAUCCAAUUAAGCCAGGAGGAGUUAUUAUCCUGGGACAGGAGCAGGAUACCGUAGGCGGCCGCUUCGAUGCCACCCAGGCCUUCGUCGGGGAGCUGAGUCAAUUCAACAUGUGGGACCGUGUGCUGCGGCCAGCAGACAUUAUGGGAAUAGCCAACUGCUCAUCUUACAUGCCGGGCAACAUAGUGCCCUGGGUCAGCGGCAACGUGGAGGUCCUUGGCGGAGCCACCAAAGGACCGCUGGAGAUAUGUGAGGACCGCCUCUUUGACUCUUAGAGCGUUGGGUGUUUGGAGGGGCACCAAACCGACCUAACACCCUUCCCCAAGACCCAGGCUGCACUACACAAACCCCAAAUGUCUUCUGAGAAAAAAAAAAUGUCCUUUUCUCAAGAAGAGCAAGUGGGAAGUGCUAUGGUGCUCGUUACGUUUGUUCAAUGCGCUUCAGUGAUUGGUGCAUCUUAUAUGACGGGCUUCAGUGAUUGGUGCAUCUCGUAUUAUGGGCUUCAGUGAUUGGUGUGUCUGUCAUGGGGGUGGGCCAGCUUGGUUUGGUCGGGGUGUACAUACAAAAGCAUACAUACACUUACACAGUGUUUAACUACAUGUGUGUCCUGCUGUCCUUUUAUAUUCUGGUUCUUUGGUACAAUUUAUGUCAUGUGACUCAUAAGUUCCAUCCAAGCCAAGCAUUGUACAAUCAUGAACCGAUGUUCUGUUGUUUUAUUAUUAUUAUAAAAUACAAAAUCCACACAGGAAUUUUAAUGUCAGCUGACGUUUCUACUAAUAUUCUGAAGAACUGCCCAAAGUCUAAAGUUAUAAACUAAUAAAUUCUUGUUUGUGUUGAGUCCGUAAAGUGACAGGAAGUCGUUCUGUGGCUGAGCGAGUGGGUAGCUUUGGAUACACCCACCUGAGCAAAAGUGCGCAGCUCAGCCACACGCUUCCCGCAGGCCUGUACAAGGACCAGCAGUCUGGCAGCAAAUGGGGUUUUGGCGGGACAGGGGAAACCGCAAGGAAGUUCAGGAUUUGCGUGAAUUCAGCCCCUGUUGAAGUGAGGGCCAAUGAGAUGCUGAAAUGAAGCAACAUCCCAAGGACACAAUUACUGCGAUGUAUCUACUUUUACAUUAGAAGUUGAUAUCGCCAGAGUCUACUAUAUAUUUUAGGUUUUAUACGCUUAUUAUGACCCAUUGUGCUUUAGAAAAAUAUGAAUGAGGAGAGAAUGAAUCUUCAUGCCGGGAUCUGAAGGGCUCGGCUCGGUUCGGGCUCGGCUCGGUUCGGGCUCGUCCGGUUCGGGCUCGGCUCGGCUCGGGCUCGGCUCGGUUCUCGGUGGCUGUGGAAAAGCGCCAGUAGAAACAGGAGUGCAGGAGUGACAUUUUUCAGGUACAGAGGAAGAUCUGUCUCCUUCUCCCAUGCAAAUCCCCCGGAAUAAUGUUUACAUCGUCUGUGUGCUUAGUGCCAGAUCUUAUGAGCAGAUAUUUGUGUCCAUGUAAUUUAUAGCAGUUUGUGCUGACUACUGUCUUACACUGGUUCCCAUUUGUGUUGCAGAAUUAUUUGUGCAACAUACGGUAAUUUUAUGUUUGUGAAAAUGUGAUUAUUUCUAAUACAGCACUGAGAAAAGCUGCAUAUGUUGUGUUUAGGCAGCAUUUGCGUUUGCUAAAAACCCAUUAAAAAGAAAACCUUAACGCUUAUGAAUUAAAAUCAAACUGGUCCGCAUCCAGCCCCAGAAAGAUUUAAACCAAAGAGACGCAUCCCUGUGUUACAAAAAAAUGUUUCUUUGGCCAUGCUGGUGGUUGGCAGGGAAGCUCGAAAUACCAUUUUCCUUUGCUAUUGUUGGCUUAUGCAUUCCGAAUUAAAUAAACGUUUGGAAACUUUUAAAAUUGCAUCCGCUUCUCUUCCUACGUGAUUCUUCUCUGCACCGCAGGCUUUAAAGCAUGCCGCACUUUUCCAAUGCCGGACUUUUCCAUCGCCGCACUUUUCCAAUGCCGCACUUUUCCAUCGCCGCACUUUUCCAAUGCCGCACUUUUCCAUCGUCGCACUUUUCCAUCGCCGCACUUUUCCAAUGCCGCACUUUUCCAUCGCCGCACUUUUCCAAUGCCGCACUUUUCCAUCGCCGCACUUUUCCAUCGCCGCACUUUUUCAUCGCCUUUUUUAUAUUCUGGCAUCAUUUAUUUUUACAGUGUGUCUGUAGCAUGUGACUAAAGAGGAAAAGCUCUGCUGACACCUGGCGCCUCUUACAUCAUCUCCAUGUAGGAAGUGACUUAAUGGAAUGAGACAGUGGAGGUAAACAAAGUGUAGAAACCGGUGUUUUUUAAAAACACCUGGAGUGCAUGCAGGAGCCCUUUUCUGUCUGUGUACCUUACAAAGUUUGUGUACAAUUUUUGUAAUGUUUGCAUUUGCUUUCAUUAAAACUGGAAGAUGCGCGCUCUCUGUUCACGGAAACUAAGCGUGAAAAGAACACGUCUCUCCUGCGUUCCUCUGUGACGCCCUGCUGUAAGAGGACUUUAAGGCAGUGUUUCAUAUGGACGCUGUGUGGAUUUCUGUGCUGCAGCAAAUGUGCUUUCAAAGAUCACUGGUUCUGCAAACCACCCAUUUUGCCAAUGAGAGAAAUCCAUUGGUGAAUGGGGAUGACAGAUCACCAUUGUUGCUGUUUGUUUGUGAGGAUCGUUUUCUUUUGUGUAUUGUGCAUGUUGAACCCUCAAACCCAAUAA